UGUCGCCUAUGUCCUCUCCCUAGCUGCUGCAUGUCCCGACUUAGGUAGGUAAGGUAGUUACACUGAGACAUAGUCACACUGAGACACAACCGAUGUGCUUGUUCGUGGCCAGGGGCGCGAAGGGUUAGGGUUCUCGGAUGGGUUGCCUCACACGCCCGGAGGAUUUCGCUUGUUAUGGUCGCACAAGUCGCCGCAGCCGCAGCCCUCCCGCUGUGCCGCCGACGAGCGUUUUUGAGUUUCUGUGCUUCUCAAAGGACGAGGCAACCGAUCAUUGUGUGCGCAAGAGGCCGCCUCCGACAGGCCGACAUUGCUUCCGCUCUGUUCGGUGUGGUGUUCUUUCUCGGUGUGGUGUUUUUUUUUUUUUUUUUCGGUGUGGUGGGCAGCACCCGGACACCUGGCAACAUGGCAACAUCGUUGCCUUGUCUGGUGACGCGUUCUUGGUGUCUCCAGGCCUUGGUCAUCUGCCCAUCUGCCACUUCAUCGGCACAGUGCUCUGCCCAUCCACGGGCGAGGCGUCCAUCGCCUUCGCGCAAGGUGGCCGUGGAACAUUGCACUGGUGAAGCCCCUGCUUGUCGGAUCUUUUCGUUUCUUGCAACCACCUUGUCGGUCGUGGUCCAGGCCUGCGGCAGGUGAGAAUGACGGACGUUUCUCCCGCUGCACCCCGCUGCACCCCGCUGCGGGCCGGGCAGACGAUUCGUCGCCCAGAUCCAGCCGUCUGGGUUUUGGGUGCGACCUUCUGCGCGGCACAACUGUGUGUGGUCUGCGCCGCUGCAAGCCCAUGCACCUUCGGGAGUUCCUGCAGACAACCCUGGGCUUGGGUGCCAAUGACCAGUCAGUUGUUGUGCUCCGCCACACCACUGGGCUGCCAAGGCUGCAGGCGACCUCGCUAACCCCCUGGCGCUGCGGCUGUAACUGCCCCUGGUGGGCAUGCGGCACCUGCAAGGCAUUGCAUUGCAUCCUGCCCUCUGCCGACUGCGGACGUCUGCAUGGCUCCCUCACUAGUGCCAUCAUCUCCACCGUGUUAUAAAGCGGCGGCGUUUUUCUUCACAUUUGGCCAUCCCAAUCAUUGACCACCCCACUAUCUGUUGUUGUUGUUGACCCAUCAUUCUUCUCGUGCACUAGUGCAGUCCCCGCUAGGCCCACUUAGUCAGUUCUUAAAAAAGUUCCCCGGCGAAAUCCAUCGCAACCAAAUCAGGGUCCUUGACGACCUGAUCUCCGAGCCGCACACAUCAAGCUCCGCCGCCUCCAUGUCGUCGUGGUCGGACGCCUCAUACACCUGGUACUCGACCGCGUCGGACUACUCCGAGGUCCUGACGGACGACUCGCGCAAGUGCCAGGUCGAGGGCUGCCACAGGAAGCACGCCUUUGUGCGCCUCGCUGGGGGCCGCAAGGUCUACUCCAAGUACUGCGCAGAGCACACCUGCGCCAAGACCUACCCCGAGGACGAGGGUUACCACUGCCCGACGCCACGGAAGGCCGGUGAGAGGUACUGCGACGACCACCUACGAUGCGGCGAGCCAGGCUGCGAUAGGAGGGGCGAAUACAUUGGCGUCCGCGAGUACAUCCCGUGGUUCUGCGUCCAGCACCGCUGCACUGCGCCCGACUGCCACUCUCGAGCCACAGACAGCCGCCAGCAGCGCUGUGGCCGCCACGUGAGGCUGUGCGGCGUACCCGGCUGCGCGCGACCGGCCCACCAGCACCGCGAUGGCCGCCUCGACCUCGUGUGUGCCGUCCACUACGGCAUCUACCGCUGCGUCUGGCCCGACUGCUCCCGCAGCACCGGCUCCAGCAUGCGCUACUGUCCCGCACACAAGUGCUGCGUCGCCGAGUGCGCCGCCGGCCGCGACGCGACAGGCGGCACGGACGCCUGUGCAAAGCACCGCUGCACCGUCCCGCGCUGCCCCAACCCGGUCCUCUACCCCUCCCACCCCCGCUCGCUGCACUGCACCCUCCACACCUGCCGCGCAGCCGGCUGCGUCUCCCCGCGGACCAGCACCACCACCAGCACCAGCAGCAGCAGCACCACCACCAAGACAACAACAGCAAGCGACUUCUGUCCGACCCACACCUGCCUGACCCCGCACUGCACCGCGCCCGCCCGCUUCGCCCACUCGCACUGCACGCGGCACGCCUGCGCCGUGGCCAACUGCGCCAACGCGCGCCUCGGCGCCGCCGACCCGGCCGGCGCGCUGUCCCCGAGCAGCUGGCGGUACCGCGACCGGUGCGAGGCGCACGCGCGCGCGCGCGAGAGGCGGGCCGUGUCGGUGGGCGGGCUGGAGGACAUCGGGAUCGGGAUCGGGACGACGACCGGGACGGGUGCCGGCGUGGCGGGAGUGGCGGGCGGUGGUGGUGGUGGUGGUGGGGACGGCGGCGCGUCGCUGCGGGAUCGGUUUGAGCUUGAGUUGGCUGGGGAGAGGGAGCGGAAGCGGUUGAGCGAUGAUCUGGAGGCGCUGCGCAGGCGGGAGAGGGAGAGGGAGAGGGAGGCGGAGCGGCGGAGGGCGGAGGUGGAGAGGCUGAGGAGGGAUCUGGAAGAGUGGAGGGGGCUGAAUCCUGAUCGGGACCGGUGGUGACCGGAGGACUGCUUGGCAAUC